AUGCACUGGAGGAGGAGCGCAGCCCUAAGGAAGGAAACAACAUGCCUCAUGAAACUAAACUGUAUCAAGACAUCCCUGCAAGUCGCUGGCCGAUUGUAUAUUCCAGUGAUUAUAACAUCACAUUUAUUGGACUAGAGAAGCUUCAUCCGUUUGACUCUGGCAAAUGGGGAAAAAUUAUCAACUUUCUCAGGGAUGAGAAGUUAAUCACAGAUGAUGUAAUUGUAACUGCUAAGGAAGCAACAGAGGAUGACUUGCUGGUUGUACAUACCAGACGCUACUUAAGCAAAUUAAAGUGGUCAUUUGUGGUUGCCUCCAUAACGGAGAUCCCACCGCUGGUCCUGCUUCCCAACUUCCUAGUUCAAAGAAGAGUAUUGAAACCAUUGAGGACUCAGACAGGAGGCACCAUAAUGGCUGGAAAACUGGCUAUUGAAAGAGGAUGGGCAAUCAAUGUUGGUGGAGGCUUCCAUCAUUGUUCCAGUGACAAAGGUGGAGGAUUUUGUGCAUAUGCUGAUAUAACAUUAGCUAUCAAGUUCUUAUUUGAACGUGUUGAAGGUGUUUCCAAGGCAACCAUAAUUGACCUGGAUGCUCAUCAGGGCUUAUGGACAUCAUGGAAGGGGGGAGAUGGCACUAACAAGAAGACAUUACAUGGACAGCCAGUCAUCCACAGGGAAAUGGGUAAUGGGCAUGAACGAGAUUUCAUGGAUGAUAAAAGGGUGUACAUCAUGGACAUUUACAAUCGGCACAUAUACCCUGGAGAUGCACUUGCAAAACGUGCAAUAAAAAGGAGAAUAGAACUGGACUGGGGCACAGAAGACGAGGAAUAUUUGGAAAAAGUAGAAACUCAUGUAAAAGGGGCACUGAAUGAGGCCACUCCUGAUGUGAUCGUCUACAACGCAGGGACAGAUAUUCUGGAUGGAGAUCCACUUGGAGGACUCUCAAUUUCUCCUCAAGGAAUUAUAAAGAGAGAUGAAAUUGUGUUCAGCAUUGCCAGAAGCCGAUCCAUCCCAAUUCUGAUGGUCACCUCAGGAGGAUACCAAAAGCGGACAGCGCGGAUAAUUGCAGAUUCCAUAAUCAAUUUGCACAACCUUGGCCUUAUUUCUAAUUCUCUGUCAAAUUAAGCCAGGAUAUGAUCAGUGAAUUUGAAAGCUGGACUAAUAUUUAAUGUAAUAAUUACUCGGUGUGGCAAUAAUUUACAUUUUGUUGAAAAAUGUUAUAUGUGAAUCUAAAAUACUGUGUAUUUAUUUUGGUGGGGAAUUCUGAGAGCAGUUUUUUUAUAUUAAUUUUUCAUGAUGUUAAAGAGAAAGUCCACCUUAAAAACAUCUUCUGGCAUGAUGAGGUAUUGCAGGAAGUGUUUUAGAGGUUUCCAGUUCUAUGAACCUCCACUAUCUCUGAAGGGGUUUAGGCAGUUUACAAAGCACCGCAGCCCCUUUAAUUGUCCCUUCAAUGGCUUCUGUCGACAGUGCACUGUGACUUGUCAGAAGACGCAUUUAAGGGGAAUUUUCAGGUUUAGGCGUCAUUCCCAUCUUAAAGGGAACCUGUCAUCUGGAUUCUGGGUGUAGAGCUGAGGACAUAGGUUGCUAUU